GGCAGAUAGUUCAGUUCCAAGCGAUCGCGCGGCCAAAGCACAUGUGGGCAAUCGAUCGGGCGAGCGAGUGUAACGGUGGCAUAACUAAGUGAAGCUUCAACGUAAUCGUGUCUUCAUAUUAAGCUUUUUGGUGCUGUUAUUUUAUGGGCGCGUGUGCCGUAAAAGCCGAGAGUCAUUCAAAUAUCCAUUUUGAAAAAUCGAAGCCGAGCUGGAGCCAAAUCCAUUCCCGCAACAGGAAGUUGUAGCUUUGAAUGUCACGUGUACUGCCGUCGUUGUUGUUAGCUCGCCGCUAGUGUGUUUUGCUUUGUUGUUGUGUUCGAAUUUUCACGUGUGCAAGUGAGGAAAUUACAGUUGCAAUGUGAAGCGCUGGAAUGAGUGAAAGAAAAUUUAAUGCCAAAUAAAGUUGUUGUGUAAGCUAACGGGUAUUUUUGUGAAAGAUACAACAACAGCACCAACAAUAGUUAUGCAAGUUUUUUCUUGCAAUCAAGGCAAGUCGUGAAAACAACAGUUUUGAAAAUUUAUGCGAAAUUGAGAGGUGCGAAGCUUCGAAAGUUGUGAAAAUUAGAGAUUUGCCAACACCUAAUUGGCAUUAUACAAUAAGAAACAGUGACACAUUUAUACAAGGCUGGAAUAUUUUUAAGCUUCAUCAAACACCUUAGAUAGGAGUUGAGACCCAACGGCAUCAAUAUAAAAUUGCUUCUCGAAGUCAGAAGAAGCGAAAAGAUUUGUGAAAAAUGUCCACAACUACUGAAGAACCCACAACAGCGUUAGAUUUCACUUCGCCGUUCACCGGCAGCAGUAAUGGAGAUCUAAUAGCGACGCCAGCGUUAAAUAGCGAGGAGUUUGCCAAUCUAACCUACGAUGAUGAAAAGAGCAUCUUCACACAUCCCACAUUAGCAGAAUACUACAAUAACCUCACGCCCUUCGUCACACUCUGCAUAUUCGUCUCCGUCUUAACAUUUAUGCUCAACAUUUCCAUAUUUCUCACGACCUUGGCUAAACUUCAGCAACGUCUACGCAAGCCUCUGCUGGCUCCAUCGAUAGCGCUUGUGUCCUUGUACCCGCUCAUCAGCCUCGCAGCGUUGCUCACACUACUCUUGCCGAAGCUAUGGUUCACCUUUCACACUGUUAUGCAUCUCUCGUUUACGGUCGGCGCCGUUUUCUUCUAUCAGUUGUGCAGCCAUUUUAUUGGCUCCGAGACCAGUUUCAUUAAGGAGACAGCGGGCAUGGCUGUGCCGAUUAAGACGCCACCAUGUUGUUGCUGUUGCAUAUGUUUACCAGGUGUGACGCCCACAAGGGGGCGAUUUGUAGUAUUGCGAUGUCUCGUGUAUCAAAUGGCAUUCGUUCAGGGGAGCAUAAUGUUGGUGUUGAAUGGCAUCUUCUACAAUGAUAUGGCCUUAUUCCACGAUGUGCAAUACUAUUUUCUGCCAUUCAUCAUUACUUCUAUUAUACUCGGUUCAUGGGGACUGAAUAUAACUGUGCGUGUGGUGAAUAAUUUACAUUCGGAUUAUAGUACAACGAAAAAAAUGUUCGCACUUCAGCUAAUUUUAUUGCUGUGCAAGAUGCAGUAUCUCAUACUGGACAAGCAGCUGGAUAAAUUGUUACUGGGCGGCGACUAUCCGAUGAAUCAUAUUAUCUAUAAGCAGUCUAUCAUCAACAGCUUAGUCGUCGUGGAGAUGGUUUUGGUGUCGCUACUCGCUCAGAGUGCUUACAGAAUUCCAGUUAUAAUCGACGAUAAUUGAAGGCAGGCUGUUUCAUCUAAUUUCUUAACCUUAUAAACAAUUACUUAAAUAGUUUACUUAAAUACUUACGUCUGUACUUAUGUGGCUAGUUUGAUUUAAAAGUAGUGCUCAUCAAAUAUAGUUCUUAUUUUAUCACAGUAGUCCUAAUGUAUUUUUACGAAAUGUAAGCUCUGGUUAAUGUUUAGUCAAUUGUCACAGGGCAGGUAGCUUAAAAUUUAAACUUUAGCACGACUUUCCUUUUUUAAAAUAAUUAAAAAAUUCAGCACCAUUAAUUUUAUAAAUGAUAAUGACAAAAUUGUGAUAAAUAAAUACUUUCAGUACAUUGUAAUCUACCAUUAACUAGAAUUUUACGUAAAUAUACUUAGAUUUUUAAGUAGUGGAUAAUAUUUUGUAGUGAAAAAUAUAAAAUAAAUCUAUCAUUAUCUAUA